GGCUUUCUGUGCAUGCUUAAGUAAACUAGCCCGUUUUGAUAAAUGGCUGAGAAAUUCAAGCUUCCUGUCCUCUCCAACCAUCAGUAGUGCCGCACACAGAGAAAACAGGCAGGCUAUGCCGCAUAUUCACUGGAACGGAAAGUGCACGCGCUCCUCCUUCGAAUUUUGAACUCCUCCACAGAACCAUCUUAGCCUAUUCUGUGCAAUACAAAUGUCAUAUACGUAGGCCUAUUGAUUAAUGUUGUAGUUAAUGAGUUCUAGAGAGGGUUUAGUACGUUUAAAUUAUCAGUUAUGGCGAAGUGGUCGGUUUUACUCUUCUACCUCCUCCAAGGACUGGUUCAUCUCAUUACCGGGCAGCAGCAGCCGCCACGCGAACGACUGGGGCCUUGGCGGCAGAGGAUUCAGUGGCAGAAUAACGGUAAAGUGUACAGUUUGAUGAGCACCGGGUCAGAGUAUCAACCACCGGUGCGGCCGAGAAGCCAAUCCAGAGUCUACAUGAGCACUGGGAGGGAUGGCACCGGUCAGACGCAGCCUGGAACGCGGGAAGGCACAAUGGCGCACAGAAGACCUGGACCAGGACCAAUCGAAUCGAACGUAGGUGGACAUUUACGGGACCAAACCAACAACGUUCUAGAUCCUGGAUCAGCACAUUUAGGACAUGAUAGUAGACAGUAUCUGGUACCCAAUGCUCGCCAGUCAGGGUCCAGGUCGCAGCCCGAGGUGCCAUACCGAGCGGGAGUGGCGGGGUCCCCUGGCGCACGGCGCUACUCACCGGAGUACACUUACCGUGUAAACGCCUCCGUUCCUGGGCUACUCCCCGAGUUCUCCGGUAGCGGCGUACCGAGGAGAGGAGCCCCUGUCUCUCAGGAUGUUACCUGGGAUGCUCGCUCGGGGCUUCCCGCCUCUUCAUCCCGAGGCAGGGAGGUAGUGCCUGUACCCGGCGUAGAAUACCAAGAGAUGCGCGCGGAGCCCGGUACAUCCAUCUCCAGGCAACCCGCACUAACGGAUAAUUCCAACGCACGUUAUGUCAUCCCUAACCGGAGGGGUACUCCUCCAGGACCCGGACCCGUUAACGCUGCUGAGACUUCGAAUGAGGCAGCAAGUAAUGGCGAGGACAUGGUCUCGGACGACCCUCGGAACCCGUUUAAAAACCACCGGAAUUCAGUCUUCUACAACAUGUAUUCCUCCAGAGGCAGAACGCCCGUAGCACGCACGCGGCGGCCGCGUCCCCCGGCGUCCGUCCCCGGCACUAGAUAUUUUCAGAAUGGGCUCCCAGAUCUCGUCCCAGACCCGUAUGCCAUCCAGGCAGGUGCAUACAUCCAGCGGAUGCAAAUGUACUCGCUGCGCUGUGCGGCUGAGGAGAACUGUUUGGCGAGGUCAGCGAGCACAGCCAGGGACAUAGACUAUAGAGUACUGCUUCGCUUCCCUCAGAAAGUCAAGAACCAGGGCACCACUGACUUCCUUCCUGUUAAACCAAGACACCAGUGGGAAUGGCACAGCUGUCACCAACACUACCACAGUAUGGAUGCCUUCAGUAGCUAUGACCUGCUAGAUGUGACAACAGGAAGGAAGGUAGCUGAGGGACACAAGGCCAGCUUCUGUCUGGAGGACACAGGUUGUGAUGCUGGAUUUAGACGCAGAUAUGCCUGCACCGCCCAUACACAGGGGCUGAGUCCAGGCUGUCAUGACACCUAUGCUGCCAAUAUUGACUGUCAGUGGAUCGACAUCACUGAUGUUCCUGCAGGAAACUACUUCCUGAGGGUCAUAGUGAAUCCCAGUUAUCAUGUUCAGGAGUCGGAUUAUUCCAACAACGUGGUGCGGUGUGAUAUCACAUACACGGGUACUCAGGUUCAGACACGGAACUGUCGGGUGACCAGAGGUUAAAGCAUCCCGUGGAUUCUGAGGUAUUUUUCCUCUUGUCCCUUUAAGUACUGUAAACAGCAACGAUCUCAACUGGUUGUUGUGGCCAAUAGCUGUUGUAGAUAGAUUUUUUUUUUUUUUACAUUCCUCUGUUGAUGACAUUCCUUCAAUUCUUUAGUGUGUUAUAUGUUUGGAAAUCUGUACUAAAGAAGGCAUUUUGUUACUAAAUACCAAGGAUUAUGAGAUGACAUGACAUUAUUGUAUUUUUAUCAAAUACAACAAAUCAGUUGAAGAAGAGGGAUAUUUUUGUAUUGUUUAGCAUGAUCUUGGAGAAUAGAGUGGAAAAAGUGCCUGUGCUUGAAUUAGACAUUAUGCAUAAUAUUAUUUGUAUGCUUUGAUGUUUGAUCUGCACUUGUAGUAUCGUUAGAUGCAGUCGAGUACGUCUUUAAUAACCACUUCGUGGCCAUAAUUAAUAAGUUGCAAACGCCUGGUCUUGUAUGUGCUAAGUAUCAAUGUAAUAAUAGAUUUUCUUUUACUUUGUAAGUAUGUAUGCAUGUGUGAGCGAAUGUUUUUUAUUUUUAUUUUACAUUGUAAUGUAAAAUUGUUUAUAUGCCGCUCAAACCUACAUUUGGUGUUGUUUUUGUUGAAGGUGUUGUUCUAGAUACAAUAAGCAUGGUGAAGAGUGGGUGUAUUAAAAAUAAAUUC